AAGGAAAGUCUUUCUUGCUUACCGCGUUCAUUCUUUUGCCAAUAUCCCUACGAUUCCUUUCCUUGGUGAAUAUACCCCUUUGGCCACUGCCAUGCCUCAGAACAUUCGUUCAGGGUAAGCUCCAAUGUCGUCGGACCAGUCCGGUCUUGGGAAUGCUGUUCCGCAGCAACGGAUGUAUUCGGUCCGCGAGACUGUCAUGGCAUGCCAUAUGCCUUGUACUGGUCCUGGGCUGGGUGACACACGUGUGUUGCAUGGUAGAUGAGACGCGGAAAGCCCUUCUCCGCGAAACCCAGGACAUCUUCUACCAUGGCUUCGACAACUACAUGAAACACGCGUUCCCGGAGGAUGAGCUCAAACCGGUUUCUUGCGCACCGUUGACGCGCGAUCGUGAGAAUCCGGCCCAUAUCGAGGUGAAUGACGUCCUGGGGAACUAUUCUUUGACCCUAGUGGACAGUCUGUCGACGCUGGCGAUCCUUGCGUCUUCGCCGCAAGGGAAGGGCCGGAAUCCGCUGAAGGACUUUCAGAACGGAAUCAAGCUGCUUGUCGAGUAUUAUGGAGACGGGACGGACACAGCAUCAGGGGAAGGGAUCCGUGCUAGAGGAUUCGACCUCGAUAGCAAAGUCCAGGUGUUCGAAACGGUCAUUCGUGGAGUUGGCGGGCUGCUCAGCGCGCAUCUGUUCGCGAUAGGCGAGUUGCCAAUUACCGGCUAUGAGCCAAAAUGGCAGGUUCAAGAUGGAGAGCGAGGGAUACGGUGGUCCAAUGGCCUAUUAUACAAUGGACAAUUGCUUCGAUUAGCACACGACCUCGGACGGCGACUGCUCCCUGCAUUCUAUACACCGACCGGAUUGCCUUAUCCCAGAGUGAACCUGCGACAUGGCGUUCCUUUCUAUGCGAACUCGCCCUUGAAUGCGGGCACCGAAGAGGGACAGUGCCUAAAGGCUGCGCAAGCAGGCGCAGAAAUCACGGAAACUUGCAGCGCCGGCGCUGGAAGUUUGGUCAUGGAAUUUACUACUCUAAGCAGACUCACCGGCGAUGACCGCUUCGAACUCGCAGCCAAGGAAGCGUUCUGGGCGGUAUGGAAACGGCGCAGCUCAAUCGGUCUCAUCGCGUCCGGUAUUGACGCAGAGACUGGUCAAUGGGUUGCUCCAUACACGGGCAUCGGAGCGGGAAUUGACAGUUUCUUCGAAUAUGCCUUCAAGUCGUACAUUUUCUUGUCUGGCAUGCCAUACAAUAGCUCGAUGGCCGAGACGCAAGCACCGGAAUCUUUUCUGGGUGCAUGGCGCGAUGCUUUCCAAAGCAUUCGUCGUCACAUAUACCGCGAUGCGCUAUGGCAGCAUCCACAUUAUAUCCAGGCGGAUUUAUAUACAGGAGCAUUGCGUGCGUUUUGGAUAGACAGCUUGAGCGCUUAUUUUCCCGGCUUAUUAGCGCUGUCGGGAGAGGUGGAAGAGGCCAUCGAAGCACAUCUACUAUAUACGGCGUUGUGGACGCGAUAUUCCGCGCUUCCGGAGCGGUGGUCCACCGCCAAUGGAAAUAUCGAGGCUGGUUUACGGUGGUGGGGCGGUCGUCCGGAGUUCAUCGAAUCGACAUGGUACAUCUACCGCGCAACCAAGGACCCGUGGUACCUCCAUGUUGGGGAGAUGGUUCUCCGCGAUAUCAAGCGGCGUUGUUGGACGAAGUGCGGGUGGGCAGGCCUUCAGGAUGUCCGCACUGGCGAAUUGAGCGAUCGGAUGGAGAGUUUCUUCCUUGGCGAGACGGCCAAAUAUCUAUUCCUCCUGUUCGACGAGGAUCAUCCGUUGAAUACAUGGGACUCAUCGUUCAUAUUCACAACGGAAGGACAUCCGCUGAUCCUUCCGAAAUCUCUUCGAAAGGAGGGAGAGCCGCGUGAAGUCCGCCACUGGGACGAAGAGCAACCGGACCUUGAAACACACACAUGUCCUUUGCCGCCUACACCGCUUCCAUUUUCUAUAUCGUCCACCGCCGCGAGAGGAGACGUAUUUCACGCUGCUCAUUUAGCUCGACUGCAUCUGAUGCCGACCGUUGAGCAACUGGAUUCACCAUUGAUCGAGUUCAGCGCCGAUCAUCCAAGCAUCACCGUCUCUGACAUCCGAUCCCCUUCCAACUACACCUAUUACCCCUGGACACUUCCUCUGGAAUACAUCCCACACAACGCGACCUCCGCGGUCAUGUACUUCCGCCCGACAUUCGAUCUAUCCUUCCCAAACCUACCCAAUACCUUCAGCGAACUCGGUGCCAUCUCGCGAGUCAAUGAAGGAAUCGUCGUCAACUCCAUGAGCGGCAUUCGAUUUGCAAUGGUCCGCGAAUCGAAGUCGGGGCCAGGUCCCGACUCUGAUGAAUACUUCUUCCGCAUCUACGCCGUGUCGAACAUCGCGCUCGGUCGCGACGAGAAAGUAUUCGUCCAGCGCAGCAUGGUCUCCAACUUCAACCCCCUGGACCCCUACUUCACGCGCAUCCGCGACCUCUACAGCACCGACCUAAUCCUCGACGUCGCCGACCGAUCCUAUCCCGACGCAUCCCACCCCUCCGACUCCGCCCCCGACCAUCUCCUCAACAUCGACCUCGACCUCGACCUCGACCUCCACAACAUCGAACUCGUCUCCCCCCCCGACUCCCUCCCCUCCGGCUCCCUCUUUUCCUCCCUCCUCCACUCCCUCCACUCCAUUCUCGCGAACUCUAACCCCUCUUCUCUCCCCUACCCCUCCUCCCCACCCAACCGCCUCUCCCUCACCGCCGCCCUCCCCACCGGCCCUGGCGCCGCUCCCCUCCCCGACGUCCCCGACGCCGACCCCUCCACUGACUCCCCUCUCCCCUGGCGCCACCUCUGCUUCCUUGACGGCGACGGCUGCUCCACGCGCAUGCCGCUCGACCGGACGCGCGACUGCCAGGUCGUCGUGCUGCGCCGCGGUGGCUGCUCGUUCAGCGAGAAGUUGCAGAACAUCCCCGCGACGGUGCCGACCGCGGAGUCCGUGCAGCUGGUCGUCGUGGUGUCAUAUCCGGAGCACGAGGAGGUGCCGUCGGACGCGGAUGCGGGUGGCGGGCUUGCCGAGAAGCAGAAGAGGAAGGCAGGAAAGCGGAGAAAAUUGGCGGAGGAAAUGCCGUUGGUAAUGCCGUUGUUGGAGCAGCUGCAGUUGACGCCGGGAGGGUUGGCGCGGCCGCAUCCGAUUCCGUUGGUGAUGGUGAGUGGGGGGGAGGCGACGUGGGAGAUGUUACGGAGAUCGAAAGGGGUGGGGGUGCGGCGACGGUGGCAUUUUGAGAGUCAGGGGUUGCGGAUUGGGAAUCUGGUGGUGCUUUGAACAACGGCGUGCGGGGCGGUGAAUAAAUAAUCCGCCACGUUAAAGCGAUAGAUUGGUUAGUGCAGAUGUGUAUAAGUUAGGGCAGGUCAUUUCUGUUAAUUAAGCCUUCUGAAGAAGUACGACGCGGAAUCUACGGAGCGAUUCUAGGCGAUUUUAUAUUGUUUCGAAAUUCCAAUUUGGACGCCAUAUUUGUCAAUAGUAUAUA